AUGCCUGCCAAUGAUGGUCGUACGGGCCAAGACAACCGGCCACAAAGUCGCGAUAUGAUGGAUAAGGCAGCCUUUCAAGUCAUUGUCCUGGGUCCUACUGGGGGUCCACGGGAGGAUAAUGUCACUGGUCUCCUGGUGCGGUCAACCUCAACGGAGUGGUCCAAGAGUUCGGUCGUGGCAGUGGAUGCGGGUACGCUGCUUGCUGGAAUUAUUCGAACUUUGGAACAGCACAUCACCGUCACGAAGGAUGGAAAAGCCUUGAUGAAAGAAGGACCGUUUGUUGGUCUUGAUCUUCCCCAUGCAACGGCGCAGGCCAAUGCCGCCUACAUUUUUCGCGAAAUCAUCGGAGCGGUCCUGAUCACGCACCCUCAUCUUGAUCACCUUUCUGGCUUGGCGAUCAACACGCCCAUGCUGGAGGCUGGCAAUGGUCCGAAGACUCUUGCGGCUCUUCCCUCGGUUAUAUCAGCCAUCAAGAAUCACAUGUUCAACGACAUCAUCUGGCCGAAUCUCUCAGACGAAGAUGGCGGAGCAGGUCUCGUCACGUACCAGCGUCUCGUUGAGGGCGGGAACCCCCGAUUUGGCCGUGGUGAGAGCCGGGGCUAUGUUCGAGCGUGCGAAGGUCUGGUUACCAAGUGCGUGAGCAUUAGUCAUGGGCGUUGCAAGCAGCGAUACCACCCUGAGACGGGCAGGCAUCAUCGAGUGGGCAGCGCCGUCUUCACCACCGACCCGUUAGUGGUACCGUCCAGAACGUUCUCUGUGGACCACUCGGAUGGAGGCAUAUAUUCUCCUUGUACCCCGCAUCCUUUUGUCCCACUGUCCAGUACCGGUGGGAAAGACUCCGGCUGGGCUACCGUCGAGAGUUCCGCGUUCUUUAUCCGUGAUGGACUGACAGGGAGCGAAAUCAUCGUGUUUGGAGACGUCGAGCCUGACUCUGUUUCCUUGGAGCCUCGCAACAAGCGCGUAUGGGAGAUCGCCGCGCCCAAAGUCGCAUCAGGCUCGCUGCGAGCGAUUUUCAUCGAGUGUUCCUACAACGACUCCGUUGACGACAACUCGCUUUAUGGUCACUUGUGUCCACGGCACCUUAUUGCAGAACUGAAAGUGCUCGCGGCCAAGGUAGUGGACGCUCAGCAGGCCGACGGCCGACGCCGCUCUAAUAACAACAAGCGAAAGCGAAACGAUUCCGACUCGGCAGACGAUGGGAGCGAGCAGGUCAGUCCUCGGACGAGGCGGCCAGUGCCCCAUGUGCCAGCAAAUUCAUGUAUAGGGGGCGACUGCAUACGAGAGUCGAUUUCCGCACAAAGUACCCAACCACGAUAUAAUUCUAGCGAUAUCAACGCGCGAGAGUUGCAACCACCAGAACGCACACCUAGCGUCACCGAAUCUAUCAAUGCCGGUGAUGCAAACACGCAGCCGACCGUCCGAUGGGCGUCAGACUCCUCCGACUCGACGACAAGACCACCCCCAUCACCGCCGCCUCUGGCGGGGCUAUCAGUGUACAUCAUCCACAUCAAAGACACCCUGACCGAUGGUCCGCAUCCAGGAGAACAGAUCCUGCAGGAGCUCCGGACCCAAAGCGAAGAAGCGGGACUUGGGUGCGAGUUUUUCGUUCCAAAACAAGGGGAGGGUAUCUGGAUAUGA